CCACAAGCCUUCACUAUAGCGAGCAGCCCCUCCACCGUCGCGCGCAGGCCCACUUUUCCCGAUCAACAGCCGCAGCCUUCGACCCACAAAGCUUCACCGUCACAGCUCCUCCCCACGCCGAGCAGACCCCAGCCCUCAGCCACCGUGAGCCGAGCCGCAGCAAGCCACAGCAACUGCAGCAAGCCGCCUCCUCCGCCGUGGACAGCAGCUCCUUCGACGUUCGACACCGUGCAGAAGCCCUUCGCGAUCGUCGCAGCACCUUUGCAGCGAUUCUGGCGAGCCCAAGCAAGAGCGACCGAGCC